AUGCAGCAAGAGGCCAAGUACGUUCAUCCCUACCUGGGCGUCACCGCCGUGAGAGGCUUCCAGCGCAGACCACCAAGUAGUGAGCAGUGGAGCAACCCCACGCUUCUGAGGACGCAAAGUACUUCCUCGCUUUGCCUUGCCGGUCUGGCCGUGGCAGAGCGGAGGAAAGACCACGAGCUGAAACGCAGCGCGAGUGAAACAGGGCUCCCGGAUCGCGCGGGGGCGCCGCGACCCUUCGCGCUGCACACCUCGAGCCAGCUGUUUGGCCCGAUCGUCCAAGAGCCUAGCAGCUCGGUCCUGCCGCGCCCGUGCAGCACGGCCAACAUUGGCCGCAUCCUGCGCUAG